UAUUAUUUCAUCAGCAUUAAUUUUUGUAAGAAAUUAAAUUUUAUCAGAAGUAGCUUCAAUCAUUUUUAAUUGUCACACGUCACUAAAUUACUCAAAUCAACAAAAGAAACAAACAGGCACGGAACCAUUUCUUGACUCUUGUUUCAACUGAGACACUUAUUGGGAGCGCACUCAGAACAAAGUUACGACGCUGUAAUUUCACAAUUUUUCUUGUCAGCAGCCAUUUGAACAGAGCUUUCUGUCUUGUUAAAUACAAACAUGUCGAUAUUUACGCCUACAAAUCAAAUACGCCUGACAAAUGUGGCCGUGGUGAGGAUGAAAAAAGGAGGGAAGCGGUUUGAAAUCGCCUGCUACAAGAAUAAAGUUAUGAAUUGGAGAUCAGGAGCAGAGAAAGACCUGGAUGAAGUUCUGCAGACACACUCUGUUUUCGUGAAUGUUUCCAAGGGUCAGGUGGCAAAGAAGGAUGAUUUGACCAAAGCUUUUGGGACAGAUGAUCAGACAGAGAUUUGUAAACAGAUCUUGACCAAAGGAGAGCUCCAAGUGUCCGAAAGGGAAAGGCAUACUCAGUUGGACAUGAUGUUCAAGGACAUUGCAACUAUAGUGGUUGAGAAGUGUGUCAACCCGGAGACCAAGAGACCAUACACAGUCAUCCUCAUCGAGCGGGCGAUGAAGGAAAUCCACUACUCUGUCAAGGCCAACAAGAGCACUAAACAGCAGGCUCUGGAAGUGAUCAGGCAGCUGAAGGAGACCAUGCCGAUCCAGAGAGCCCACAUGAGGCUUCGGUUGGUGCUGCCAGCCAAAGAGGCCAAGCAGCUGAAGGAGAAGCUUAAGCCACUCCUGCAGGUCGUGGAGAGUGAAGACUUUGAUGAGCAGCUGGAAAUGGUGUGUUUGGUGGAUCCCGGCUGCUUCAGGGAGAUUGACGAGCUGAUCCGCUGUGAGACCAAAGGCCGAGGCUCUCUGGAGGUUGUCAGCCUCAAGGAUGUGGAGGAGGGAGAUGAGAAACUAUAGUAACCCAGCUUGACAGGACUAGGCACCUUAUCCACACUAACAUGCUUCGCUCAUUUAAGAGACUAUAUUUAUGAUCAGGAUCAUACUUCCUGCAAGAGCAAAUAAAUAUUUAACAAAAUCUAAUGGGUUUAAUGUGUAAACCCAGCGAUUUUCCUUAUAUAUGCACACAGUUGAUUUAAAAACAAGUGUAUCACAGUUUAGCAGAACACCAUGUCUGAUAUGUCAGCGCUUUAAAAACAGAAAAACAUUCAUAUUCAAAGGAGAUACUGUACAUUAAAGUAUGUCUAUCUCUGUUGUACCCCUUAUGAAAAAGUGCUGUAUAGAAUUAGACACUAUUUAAAAUAUUGUACCAGAUUUUAUAUUCACAAAGUUCAGUGAAGUUCUUGCCAAUAUUGCUAUAGUAGUACCUUUUUACAUUAUUUUGAUUUUAAGCACAUGAUGUUCUGUAGCUGAGAGUCUGUGAUACAUCAGUAGGUAUUUGCUAAAUGAUAGUGGGAAACAGAAAAGGUUCAGAGGUUUGACUGCAGAAUAUGGUCACAGAGACUUUGGGGAUCACGUUAAAAUCAAAUAACUGAAAGAAGUGAGGGGCUCUUUUUACAUUUUCCUACAUACACAGAGUUUGGGAGAAUCAAUAUUUUCUGUCAGGUUUUGACAAAGUGGAAGUGCCUGUGUGCUGUGUUCUGUAUUCUGAAACAUGACUGUCCCACUAAAGACCUGUUAAAUAGAAGUAUGAAAAGUCCAGCUCACAUUUCAUGAUUUACAUCUGAAUACUUUGUAUGCUUCAACUUACCAGAUACUGACUGCUUCCUUUCUGUCACCACCUUUUGUUUUUAAAAGAACAAAUACUAAAAAUAAAUGACUACAGUGAAUUUUUCUGGGUUC